GUCCCGCGCUCACACACAGCCCAAGUGUCAAACCGCCGAUAUCACCGAGCCGAUUUCAGCCCACCGAUAUUACCAGCAAGCCGGUUCCAGCCAGCAGCGCUGCAGCAAGAAGCCCAGCCCUGGAUUCACUACUUUUACUCAAUGGACAGAGCCCUCUCAACGGCCAGCCCCGAUACCAACACGCCUUGAGCAGUCCGUACUCCCUGGCUGGUGUUCCCCCUACAGUGUGGAGGGGGAUGGAGCGUGGAGGAGGAGAGAGCCCACGUCCGCGGGAGAGCCCAGAGCGCCGCACUGCCACCAGCCCCGAUCUGAGUGGCCCCCCUCCGGGGAAGAUAAGCCGCCUGGAGAUGAAUGGCAGCCCUACCGGGCCACGUAGUCGCCAUAACGGAGCUCCACAGAGAGCCUUAGGAGGUCUGAUGAUUCCCGUGUUCUGCGUCGUAGAGCAGGUGGAUGGAGGGAUAGUGGUGGAGGGGGAGGGCCGAGAGGAGCAUGCGGAGUUUGUGCUGGUCAGGAAGGACAUUCUGUUCACUCAGCUGGUGGAGACGGCGCUGCUUGCCCUCGGCUACUCCCACAGCUCAGCAGCCCAGGCACAAGGCAUCAUUAAGGUGGGUCGUUGGAACCCGUUGCCCAUCCACUGCCUGACGGACGCUCCCGAAGCCACAGUGGCUGACAUGCUGCUGGACGUCUACCACAUGGUCACACUCCGUAUCCAGCUGCAGAGCUAUGCCAAGCUAGAGGACCUGCCAUCAGAGCAGUGGAAUCAUGCAACAGUGCGCAAUGCACUUAAAGAGCUGCUGAAAGAGAUGAACCAGAGCACACUGGCUAAAGAAUGCCCACUUUCCCAGAGUAUGAUCUCCUCCAUCGUGAACAGUUCCUACUACGCUAAUGUCUCCACUGCGAAGUGUCAAGAGUUUGGCCGCUGGUAUAAGAAGUAUAAGAAGAUUAAAGGCGAUUACUUUGAGAAGAUGUGGCCAGUACGAGAGAAUUCUGAAAUUAAAGUGGAGAGGGACACCCUGGUGGACUUCUGUGUGUUAGGACAGCGUCCUCCACCUCACCUAGCUGGCCUGGCUCAAUUAGGACCUUUGGGCAGUGGUAGUUCUCUUGUGAAAAGUGGCUCUGGAGAACCUCAGAACCCUCAAUCUCAGCCCCCAUCUCAAGGACAGUCACAGCCACCCUCAUCUCACAGUGGCCAGCUCCACCACAGUCCACCACUACGGACCCAGGUGGCUCCUCCCACAGCCCUGCAGCCUCUUCUGGGACCAAGAGGCCUCCUCUCACCUCAGCUCAGUCCACAGUUAGUGCAGCAGCAGAUAGCUAUGGCUCACCUCAUCAACCAGCAGUUGGCUGUCAGUCGUCUAUUAGCCCACCAGCACCCACAGGCCCUCAACCAACAGUUCCUUAACCACCCACCCAUACCGAGGCAAAGCAAGCCUGGAGGACCUGGAGAGCCAGGAUCCAAUCCUUCCGCGGCUGAGGUCUCAUCAGACAUCUACCAACAGGUCCGCGAUGAGCUCAAGAGAGCCAGUGUUUCACAAGCUGUGUUUGCCAGGGUGGCAUUCAACCGCACACAGGGUCUGUUGUCAGAGAUUUUGCGGAAAGAGGAAGACCCUCGCACAGCCUCCCAAUCUCUUCUGGUCAACCUCAAGGCCAUGCAGAAUUUCCUCAACCUUCCUGAGGCUGAGCGAGACAGGAUUUACCAGGAGGAGCGUGAACGCAGCAUGAACCCUCCUGUAGGUCUGCCCCCAAACUCAAACUCCAGUCCUGGGGUUAACCGCCUAUCUCAGAAAGUGUGGGAGCGCAGCAUGGACGAACAGUUAACCCCUGAUGCCUGGGCAUCCAUUUGGAAGAAUAAGAACAAAAUUACCAACUCGUCCAAGCCGUCUGGUCCGAAUCCUGACCUUCCCCUGAAACUGGAACCACUGGUCAACAUCACGUCUUCAAUUUAUGAUGAGAUCCAGCAGGAGAUGAAGCGAGCCAAGGUGUCUCAGGCUCUGUUUGCCAAGGUGGCAGCCAACAAGAGCCAAGGUUGGCUAUGCGAGUUGCUCCGUUGGAAGGAGAGUCCAAGCCCAGAGAACCGCACGCUUUGGGAGAACCUGUGCACAAUCCGCCGUUUCCUCACCCUCCCCCAGACCGACCGCGACCUGGUAUAUGAAGAGGAGUCCCGCCACCACCACAGUGAACGUCUGCACACUGUCCUCCAUCUGCCCUCUGACCCUCAGAUUCUCCACAGACAGCCUGUGCCAGCAUUAAAGGACCACUCUCCCAUGCGUGAGGACUCAGUGCCCAGCUCUGGAAUGGAGGACAACCCUCAGGCUGGUGCUGGUAGUGGCAACACUGGAGGAAGUAGUAGUGUUGCAAAGAAACCCCGUUCCCGCACCAAGAUCUCACUGGAAGCCCUGGGCAUCCUGCAAAGUUUCAUCCAGGAUGUGGGCCUCUACCCUGACCAGGAAGCCAUCCACACCCUCUCAGCCCAAUUGGACCUGCCCAAGCACACCAUUGUCAAGUUCUUCCAGAACCAGCGCUACCAUGUGAAGCACCAUGGCCGACUGAAGGAGCUGGGAGUUGAGGGUAGCGGAGUUGAUGUCGCUGAGUAUCGAGAUGAGGAGCUACUCUCUGGCUCAGAGGAUGCAGAGUCUAGUGAAGAUGGCCAUGAGGAAAUCUACAGUGGACAAGAAGGUGCCUCAGCAGGAGCAGCCGCCUCUUCCUCAACACCAUCUUCCACCUCAGGCCAAGAAGAAAGCAAGGACAAGGCUUCAGCUCUAAGUUCAGUCCGGCCCAGCUCCCUGCCUUCCUCCAGUUCAUCCCCCAGCCCACGAGACCAGCUCGAGUAUCAGAGAUAAAGCAUUCUGACCUGGGGGGGGGGGGGGAAGGGGUCACUUUGAGAAGAGGAUAGUGGAAGGUGGAACAAGUGGAACAGUAAAAGCAGACUAAAAGAAUCCGGCACAGGGUCAAAUGAAGAUUGAAUAAAAAAGGACAAGAAUAUGUUUGAAUAUUGAUUAUAGAAACAAAAUGUGUUACGGUAAAAAAAAAAUAGUUGAGAUAAGGGAUUAAUAGUUCUAGCAACAGAGUAAUUGGCAUCAGAUACUGUAAGUUUUGUCAACGUGAUGAAGGAAAAUUUAGGUUAGUGGUCCCAAAUCGUCGUUUAUUUGUUA